CCUAGCUCGCCGCCUCCCUCCCCAUCCCAAGCGGAGCUGCAGGGCGGCGCCAUGAAGCGAACAAGGGCGCAGAACCCCAAGCUCCAGGACCCGCAGGACCCCUCCUCCGCCGCCGCGGCCACCCCCACCGCCAACACCAAGCCGCAGCGCAAGGCCAAGCAGCCCAGGCAGCCCAAGGCGACUGCCACGGGCGGCAAGAAGGCCUCCGCCGCGGCGGCGGCCCGCGAGGCUGCUGCUGUGGCGACCGCUGCUGCAGCCACCUCCGCCACGCAGCCCUUAGAGGAGAUGACGCCGGUCGUCCCCGACGUCUGCGGCGGCGGGGGAAGCGUUGAGGUGGCGGGCGGCCUGCCGGCGGACUGGGACGAGAUGGACGGCGGGCUCGGCGCCAAUGUCUCGCCCUGGUGGACGUUCGGGGUCGAGGAGGAGAAGCUGCUCGGCUGGUUCCCCUUCGUCGAGGAGGACUUCGGCGGCGGGAGCUACAACGCCGGCCUUGGCGGCGGACGCGAGGCUGAACCGGCCGGAUUCGACGACGACAUCUGGAGGAUCCACCAAAUCUACGAGAUCCCAAGCUACGCUGCCAAGUGAGCCGCA